CCCCCGGCCGCGGCCAUGCUGCCCGGGGCCCGAGCGCUGCGGGCGGCGGGGCUGCUGCGCCCGCCCAGGGCCGGGCCCCGCACCGGGACCGCCCGCAGAGCGCACUGCGGGCCGGGACAGCGGCCGGAGGGGCGCGGGGCCGCGCUGCCCGCGGGGCCCGACCUGCGGCACUUUCUGAGGGCAGCGGCCGUGAGGGAGACGGGGCCACCGCCCGAGACGGGCUCUGCCCCCGGGGCCCCGAAAGUUUACCUGGAGACCUAUGGCUGCCAGAUGAACGUCAAUGACACGGAGAUCGCCUGGGCCAUCCUGCAGAGGAAUGGCUAUGCCAGGACAAAGGAGCUGGAUGAGGCAGAUGUGGUUCUCCUUGUCACCUGUUCCGUGAGGGAGAAGGCAGAGCAGGCCAUCUGGAACCGGCUGCAGCACCUCAAGGCGCUGAAGGCCCGUCGGCAGCAGGCUCGUGCACCCCUGCGCAUCGGGAUCCUGGGAUGCAUGGCUGAGAGGCUUAAGGAGGAGAUUCUGCACAGGGAGAAGCUGGUCGAUGUCGUGGCAGGCCCGGAUGCCUAUCGCGACCUGCCCCGGCUGCUGGCUGUGGCAGAGUCUGGCCAGCAAGCUGCCAAUGUCCUGCUGUCCCUAGAUGAGACUUAUGCAGACAUUCUGCCUGUCCAGACUAGUGCAGGUGGCACGACAGCGUUUGUGUCCAUCAUGCGGGGCUGUGACAACAUGUGCACCUAUUGCAUCGUGCCCUUCACCCGAGGCCGGGAAAGGAGCCGCCCCAUCGCAUCCAUCCUGCAGGAAGUGAGGAUGCUCUCGGAUCAGGGAGUGAAAGAAGUGACCCUCUUGGGUCAGAACGUCAACAGCUACAGAGACCUGUCUGAGGUGCAGUUCCAGUCAGCAGCUGCCCCAGGCCUCAGCCGUGGCUUUAGCACAGUCUACAAAGCCAAACAGGGAGGUUUGCGCUUCGCACACCUGCUGGACCAGGUCUCUAGGAUUGAUCCAGAAAUGAGGAUCCGUUUCACCUCUCCACACCCCAAGGAUUUUCCUGAUGAGGUCCUGCAGCUCAUCCAGGAGCGACACAACAUCUGCAAACAGCUGCACCUCCCAGCCCAGAGCGGGAGCACACGAGUGCUGGAGGCCAUGCGGCGAGGAUACACAAGAGAAGCGUAUUUAGAUCUUGUGCACCACGUGCGUGACUCCAUCCCAGGAGUGAGCUUAAGCAGUGAUUUCAUCACUGGAUUCUGUGGGGAGACAGAAGAAGAUCACCAGCAGACCAUGUCCUUGCUGAGGGAAGUCCGCUACAAUGUUGGCUUCCUGUUUGCCUACAGCAUGAGACAGAAGACCCGGGCGUAUCACCGGCUGCAGGACGAUGUGCCCGCGGACGUGAAGAGGCGGUGGCUGGAGGAGCUCAUCGCCGCCUUCCGAGAGGAGGCUGCCAGGGCCAACGCGGCGCUGGUGGGGCAGGACCAGCUGGUGCUGGUUGAGGGGCCCAGCAAGCGCUCUGCCUCGGAGCUGUGUGGGAGGAAUGACGGCAACAUCAAGGUGAUCUUCCCUGAUGCCGAGCUGGAGGAUGCUGCGGACUGCGGGGCUCCGGGCAGAGCCCGGCCGGGGGACUACGUGGUGGUGAAGGUGACCUCUGCCAGCUCACAGACCCUGAGGGGAGUUCCACUCUGCCGGACAACCCUGUCCCGUGCUGCUGCCUGUCACUGAGGGUCCCUGCUGCCCGUGGAUGGAAGCAGCACGUUUUCUCCAGGAAGAAACAAGAAAGUGUUGUCAGGUGGAGAUAUAUGUAUAUUAAAAUUUAUUUGUGAAAUAAUAAAAUACAUAUAUAUUUCUGCUUUGGCUACAACGUA